ACAUUAUAUAGAAAUAACAAGUGGCUAAAAUUUUAUUCUUUUCUGUAACUACGCAGAAGUUGAUUUGUAUUGGCCUUUUUCACUCAGAGACUGGAAUUCUUGACCACAUGAAACUUCUGAGAGGAAGGGCCUCUAAAUGUCAGCAUCAUCUUCUAAAUGAUUAUAUAUUUUUCCUUGUAGAGCUUUGAAUGAUACUUGCUCCCAGACCCCUCAAAUUCUUUGCAGAUAUAAGGAAAUAUCAGAUUCCAUGAAUAAUCAUUUGUCUUUGUGUCUUCGUUUGUGUAUAGCUUGUCUGUGGUUGAACGUUUAUGCUCUCACUGAUGGUAUGAAAGCAUCGCAGUCUCUUAGAGAUGGUGAGACGCUGGUGUCAAAUGGAGGAAAUUUCGAGCUGGGGUUUUUCAGUCCAGGUCGUUCCAAGGACAGGUACUUGGGUAUUUGGUACAAGAAUAUUCCUGUUAGAACUGUUGUUUGGGUUGCGAAUAGGGAAAGCCCUAUUAAGGAUUCGUCUGGCUUAUUGGUGAUCAAUAACACAAGCAGUCUGGUACUUUCGAAUGGAUCUAACAGUGUGGUUUGGUCAACAAGUUCAGCAAGGGUGGCUCAGGAUCCAUUUUUGCAACUUCUUGAUCUUGGAAAUCUUGUUGUGAGAGAUACGAAAGAUGAAAGUGCUGAUAAUUACUUGUGGCAGAGUUUUGAUUAUCCAUCUGAUACAAUGAUGCCAGGUAUGAAGUUAGGAUGGGACUUGAGAACUCGUCUUAACAGGCGUAUUACUGCGUGGAAGAGUUCUGAUGAUCCGGCUCCUGGAGAAUUUAGCAGUGGUGUGGAACUUGAUGCGUAUCCACAGUUAGUGAUGUAUAGAGGCACCAGAGAGUUUUACCGAGGGGGUCCAUGGAAUGGUCUGAGAUUUAGUGGUGCUCUUUCGAUGAAAAAGAAUCCUGUUUACGAGUUCAAGUUUGUAUCUAACAAGGAAGAGGUUUACUAUACCUUUCAACUCCUGAAUAAAUCAGUGAUUACAAGGCUUGUUGUGAAUGAAACCGCCAUGGCUCGCCAGCGGUACGUAUGGGUUGAAACAGAGAUGUCUUGGAAGCUGUAUUCUUCAGUACCACGUGACUACUGUGACACUUACAGUUUAUGUGGUGCUAAUGGAUUGUGUGUCAUCAGCGACUCACCUGCUUGCCAAUGUUUAGAAGGUUUCAAGCCAAAGGUUGACAGUAGCUGGAAAUCUAUGGACUGGUCACAAGGAUGCAUCCGAGAGGAGCCUUUAGACUGCGCUAGAAAACAUGAUUUCAUCAGAAUUUCGGGUGUGAAACUUCCAGAUACUACACAUACAUGGGUAAAUGAAAGCAUGGAUUUGAAAAAAUGCAAGGAGACAUGCUUGAAGAAUUGCUCUUGUAUGGCUUACUCAAACUCGGAUAUUAGUGGACGAGGGUCCGGAUGUGUCCUUUGGUUUGAAGAUCUAAUUGAUAUUAGAAAGCUUUCCGAUGGUGGCCAGGAUAUCCAUAUGCGGGUGCCAUCUUCAAAGCAAGUAAACAGGUUGCGGCUGGUAAUAUCUGUGGUUAUGGUUCCUAUAUGUGUAUUGCUUCUUCUUACUUGCUAUCUUUUCAGAGGAAGGAUGAAAGGAAAAGAUAAAGAUGAAGGACAAGUUGGUCACGGUGCUGUUGCUGAAAGAGAAGAUCUUGGCCUACCCUUACUUGACUUGGCCACAGUAGCCCGGGCCACUGGAGAUUUCUCGGUGGACAAUCAGCUUGGUGAAGGUGGGUUUGGACCGGUUUACAAGUCCAACUUUCAGGGUGUACUGAUGGAUGGGAAAGAUAUUGCUGUAAAAAGGCUUUCUAAGAGUUCAGGACAAGGGCUAGACGAGUUCAAAAAUGAAGUAAAACUGAUUGCUAAACUUCAGCACAGAAAUCUUGUGAGGCUUCUGGCUUGCUGCAUUGAAGAGGAUGAGAAAAUAUUGAUCUAUGAAUACAUGUGCAACGGAAGUUUGGACUCAUCUAUCUUUGAUCAAUCAAGAGGGUCACUAUUAGAUUGGACCCAGCGUUUCAACAUCAUAUGUGGCAUUGCUCGGGGUCUUCUUUACCUUCACCAGGAUUCGAGAUUGAGAAUCAUCCACAGAGAUCUCAAGGCUAGUAAUGUAUUACUAGAUGAUACACUGAACCCGAAGAUUUCUGACUUCGGGAUGGCUAGACCUUUUGGUGGAGAUCAAAGUCAAGCCAAAACCAGAAGAAUAGUUGGUACAUAUGGCUAUAUGGCACCAGAAUACGCCUUAUAUGGUUUGUUCUCGGUGAAAUCUGAUGUUUUUAGUUUUGGCAUUCUACUCUUGGAGAUUGUGAGUGGAAAAAAGAACACUACGAGAUUGGACAAUCCACAUAAUUACCACAGCAAUCUAAUAGGAUAUGUAUGGCAAAUGUGGAGAGAAGGCAGGACGCUGGAACUGAUUGAUCCUCUGUUGGAUGGUGCACUCGGUCAACAUGAAGUGAUGCGGUGCAUACAUGUAGGUCUCCUGUGCAUCCAGCAGAAUCCAGAUGAUAGACCAAAUAUGUCAACAGUGGUGCUGAUGUUGAAUGGAGAGAGUAUGUUACCCCAGCCGAAGGAGCCUGCUUUUCUCAUAGAUGUAAUUCCAAGUGCAUGCUCGUCGUCCCCCACGAAUGCAUCACAUUCGGUCAAUGAUAUUACCAUCACUAUGAUGGAGGGUCGUUGAGUUGAUUGGUAGAGCUUGGUUAUCUCUUUUCGGGCAUAGAUGGGAUCGGUGCAUUGUUUUGUAGGAAACUUGAAUCUUCUAAUCCUAGUACCUUGUGUUCAUGUUUAUAUAUUUCAUUCUUGGAUGUACAUGACUUGACCAUAAGAGUUUUAGUUAAGGUUUAGCAUGUUUAGGGACUGAAAUAAACAUACUGCUGUUAGUGACAUCAGUUCAUUUAUGUCUUGUAUUCGUAUAUGUUUUCCAA